AUGGAAAAGCCAAAUUCUAUUAAAAACUCUUAAGAAAAUAAAUUGAGUUAUUAAUCAAAAUAUGAAAUACCUAGUUAAAAAUACAUUAUAGGAUCAGGUUAAUUUGGAUAAGUAAAGCAUGCAAUAGUAAAAAAAACCAAAGAAACUAUUUGUGUAAAAAUUUUAAAAAAGGGAAAUUCAUCUGGAACAUACUUUAAUAGUGUUGUAAGUGAAAAAGAUAUCAAUAAUUGUUUACAUAUGAUAAAUUAAAAACAUUAAAAUUUGGUUUAAAUUUUUGAUGUUUAUAAUGAACAAUAAGAAGAUUGUUCAUAUAUAUUUAUGGAAUUAUGUCAAGGAAAUCUAUAAUAAUUUUAAGAAAAUGAAAAUUAGUUUUUUUCACAAUUUAAUGAAAUUAGUGAAUUAAUACGAUAAAUAGUUUCAGGUUAUCUAGAAUUAAGAAAACGUAAUAUUAUACAUAGAGAUAUAAAAGAGGAUAAUAUUUUAUAUUUAAAAACAAACCAAAACAAGAUUGUUUACAAAGUAUAAUUAUUUAAAUAAUCAGAUUUCUGAUUACGGAUUAAGUAAAUUAGUGGAUGGACAAAAUAUAUAAUAUUUUACAAAAAAAGUUGGUUCUCCUUAUUAUAUGGCUCCGGAAGUUUUUAACAAUGAGGAAUAUAAUGACAAAUGCGAUGUUUAUUCAGUAUAUUUUAUUUAAAUAUUAGUUUGCUACCAUAAUCAAGAAUCUUGUUUUUGGAUAAACAUAAGAACGGGUUAAAUUUGAUAAAAAUGUGAACCAAAAAUUUUCUGAAAUUAUGAAAAAAUAAAUAUAAGAAAAAAAAGUUGGUAAAAUGUUAAAUUGAAAUUAGAUCCAAGAAUAAUUUAUCUCUUAGAUCAUAUGAUUGUUGAUGAUCCAUUAUAGAGAUUUGAUUGGAGUGAUUUGUCAAUUUUGUUUUAAUAUGAUUUAAAAAGUGUUAGCAAUCAUCAUUCCAUCCCAUUAGCUACUAAUUUAAAAACCUAAUAAGAUGUUUAUAUGCUAAUAUUAUUUAAUAAAUUAUUGAGUGAAAAUUAAAAAGAAUAGCUAAAGAAUAAAUCUAAAAUAAAUGGCUAAGGAAGGAUUGAAACAUUUUAAUAUAUUUAACCAGAUACAAGUUCAUUUUCUUUUAUUAUUUUGGAUUUGGAAUACUCUAAAAAUAUAAUAGAACAGAUGUUCUAAUAAUGUAAUUAACUAAAUGGAGAUCAUGAAUCCUUGAAAUAUGUUGAUAAACUUUUGGGAGAGAGUUAAAUAACAAAUCAAAUAAAGUAAUGUUAGAAGUUUUAACACCCGAUUUAUAAGUAAUAAUCAUUCAAUUUUACUCGUUUACAAACUAAUCAAGCAAAUCACUCUUUUGACUCAGCUUAAUUUUAAUAGACACCAAAUAAAUGUUAGAGUGGAUAAGGAUAAACAAAUAAUAAUAAUUGUUUAUAUUUUCCUAACAAAACUUCACCUGUACCUAAUUUAUAAUCUUCAUAAUUUACUUAAACUACUACUUUAUAAGCUCCAAUCUUAUAAUAUAAAGCAUAAAUUUAGAUUACAGAUUAAUCCAUUUUAAAAUAGAAUAAUAAUACAGAAUAAUAAAAAAAUUUUUAAACUCGUCCUUAAAAAAAUAUAUCAUUCAUUUAAUAAUAGCCUGGAAGUUAAUUUGGAAAUCCUUCUUUCAAUUCAAAAUAAAUUGAUUUAUAAAAAAAAGAAUCACAACCUUAAAGUUUCAUAAAUAGUGAAGUUUAAAGAUUUCAAACCAUGAGAUUUUAAUAAUAAUAAAUUGAUGCUUAAAUACCAACAUACUAAUUGACCCAAAAUGUAUUUUAAACAAAACCAAAAUUUAUUUAAUAAAAUACAAAUCUAAACCCCAAUAAUAAUUAAAAAUGA